AUGGCUGAAGAAUAUCGCAAAUACUCGAUUCCGCACCCUGAAUGGGUUGAUUUUCCAAACAAGCUUCCACCAAAUACCCGAAUCGAACGCAUGACAAGGGCUCGCAAAGACAUCGUAUCAGACCCAGCACUCGACAUCACAGAACUUACCAUCAAAGCCCGCGAUGGAUACGACAUUCGACUCCGCUCUUACCGCCGUACAGCUGCCUCUAAGCUACCACUAUUCCUAUACAUGCACGGCGGCGGCUUCGUAACAGGAUCCCUGGAGACAGACGACAAAACAUGCCGCGCCGUUGCGAAAGAAGUAGAACUCUGCAUCCUCAGCAUCGAGUACAGGCUCGCUCCCGAACAUCCCUUUCCAGUAGGGUUUGAAGACUGCUGGGACGUCCUUCAGCACAUCACCACAUCACCCGCUAUCUCGAAUCUAGACUUGGAUUUGGAGUCAGGGUUCCUUGUAGGUGGCACGUCCGCUGGCGCAAAUUUCACGGCUGGCCUCGCGCAUCGGUAUCACGUCCAGGCUGUCAAAGGGAAGCCGAAGAUCACCGAUUUGGUAUUUUGGGCAGGGAGUUGGUGCCAUCCUGAUGUCCGGCCUGAACACCUACGUCCUUCUAUCCUGUCUGUAGACGAAAUCGAUGAUGCGCCUGGCCUUACGAAAUCAAGCAUAGAGUAUUUCUGGAAGAAGUACGGAGCCCCGAAAGACGAUAAAAGAUACAGUCCGUUGUUAGAAGAGGAGUGGAAAGGCGUGGCAUCGAAGGCGUAUUUUGCAAUCUGUGGCUGGGAUCCAAGGCGUGAUGAAGCAAUUGUCUUCGCUGAUAUCUUGCGUAACGCCGGUCUCGAUGUGAAAGACCAAGUAUAUCAGGGACUGCCACAUGGCUUCUGGACUACAUGUCCUGAGUUACCUGUCAGUGUUGAGUGGGAGAAGGAAACCGUGGCGGGGAUUAAGUGGAUGCUGGAGAAGGGAGAAUGA